AUGACGCUCAGUAUCUCCAUUGAUCCAAACCCCCAUGGUUCGGAUCGCUCUUACUCCGACGACGAGGACUCGUCUGGUGUUCAUGUCCCUACAUCUUCCGAAUUAGAAAGUCAUGAGUACCAGGAUUAUGAUGAGUGGGCGCAUUUGCCAUAUCCGGAUGAAUUGAAACCAUCUGAUUCAGCCUCCCGACCAAGAACUUCGCACCGCAGUCGUCCGCCCCACGGUUCACGCUCCGCUUCGGGCCGUCGCCCAACAUCGCGACGGAUGGUUCCAGAACAUCAGUCGUUCGCCCCUCGAGGCCGAAGACAACAAUCACCACCAGAUUCCCCCGACAGUGCCGAUUCCGCCGACGAGUACCCUCCCAAUUUUAGUCGAAAUGAUCGGAGGAAUUGGCAACAACCUAUGCCACCUGCCCCUGGAUACGCCCCCAGCCAGUCCUCUGGUCCAUCUUAUCCUCCUUAUCCUCCCCCUCCUCCUCCUCCAGGCCAUGGUCCAUAUGCCCACCACAAUCCUCCCCCAAUUACUUCGGAACUCAUGAGAAUUCCACACCCGGGUCAACCCAACCCCUACGGUGCCCCUCCGCCCUAUGGAUACCCACCUCAAUUCCAACCGGGUUUUCUUCCCGAUCAACCCCACCUUCAUCCACGACAUGCGCCUCGCCAGCCGCCUCAGCUGCACAAUCCAAUGCAACCGCCAAUGCAACCGCCAAUGCCGCACGCGAUGGGUCCUCACGGUGCUCACUCCCCUUACCCUGGAUAUCCGCACGAAUUGAUGGCCUACGGUCAGACUGGUUUCUAUCGAGAUCAACCCAGCUAUUUCGGGGGACCGAUCCCGGGCAUGAUGCCUCCUCAUUAUUGGCCACCCUACCCUCCAAUGCCGUCUCCUCCAGUGCAACCUGAACCUAAAUCCCCCCCACCCCCGACGCCUGCUCCCGAACCUGCUCCAGCCCCAGCCCCAACCCCAGCCCCAGCUCCGGCCCCAGCUCCGGCUCCGGCUCCUGAACCUGCCCCCCCUCCACCGCCGCCUCCACCGCCGCCUCCACCGGUCGACACUGCCAAGGAUGAGCAAAUCGCAAGGCUCGAGAAGUUGAUUCUGGACGAUCGUCUAGACCGCGAAGCGAAGGAGCUCGCCAAGAAGCAAGCUAUUGAACGCGCGGCUGCCGAGAAAGCAGCUCAGGAUGCACAGACCGCACAUGAUAGGAAGAUUACCCUGGAAGCUGCGGCGCUUGCUCGAGCGGAUGCAGAAAAAAAGGCAGCGGAGGAUGCCGCAAAGGCCAAGGAGGAGGCGGAGAAAGCCACUGCCGCGGCCGCUUCUGAGGCAGCAGCGGCAGCAACGGCCGCAGCUAAUGAAGCAGCUGCCAAGGCGGCCGCAGCGGCUGCUGAAGCAGCUGCUAAAGCUGCCGAACCGCCGCCACCACCGCCACCCCCGGAAAAAAAGCAACCUAUCAAAUUUAAGGACGCUGUUGGGAGGAAAUUCAGUUUUCCAUUUGAACUAUGUGCUACCUGGCAGGGAAUGGAAGAGCUUAUCCGGCAAGCUUUCCUCCAUAUUGAAGUCAUUGGACCCCAUGUGGCCGAGGGCCAUUACGAUCUUAUUGGUCCGAAUGGCGACAUUAUCCUCCCACAGGUUUGGGAAACUGUAAUCGAGCCUGACUGGGCUAUCACUAUGCACAUGUGGCCAAUUCCCGAAAAGCCAAAGGAAGACCCUCCUCCUCCCCCUGCACCAGAGCCUGCUCCGGUAAAACCUCCCGAUCCACCUGCCGAGCCGAAGAAGAAAGCAGACGGCCCUAAGAAAGCCAAGGCUGGAGGACCAGCUGUCCCUGGAAGUUUCGCGAUGUGGAUGUUAGGUGGCACCAAUCGUCGGGGGGGCAAAGGGGGUCCUAAAGUGGAAAAAAAGCCCGAUGCCCCUCCCCCAGCACCCGCACCAUAA